UGUGGUGGGAAGAGCAGCCUGCAAAAAAUGGUACCCAUAACCUGCAACCGAAGUCAUUGGAGGUCUCACUUUCAUCUUCAAAACACCUUCAAUCUCACCAGAUUUUCCCCGAUAGUUUCGUUAUCGGGUAACUUAAGAUCUUCGUCAUUAUGCUGUUCUACCACUCGAUCAUAUGCCAACAAGAAUCAUAUAAGGUCGUUGGAGAUCCAUCGACAAAGAAGAAACCAUCCGAUUCCCCCCAGAAGUCGAGCAGACGAUCCUGCUCAUGAAGAUGGUGAUCAUGAUGAUGUUUCUAAAGCAACUUUAGUAUGGAGGGCAAUCAAAUUACCAAUAUAUUCCGUUGCACUGGUUCCGCUAACUGUGGGAACUGCAGCAGCUUAUCUGCAAACGGGGUUGUGUUCAGCCAAGCAAUAUGUUCGGCUUUUAGCUUCAUCGGUUCUUAUAAUCACUUGGCUCAAUCUAAGCAACGACGUUUAUGAUUUUGAUACGGGAGCGGAUGUAAACAAGAAAGAGUCCGUUGUUAACAUGAUUGGCAGUCGGUCAGGGACCCUGAUCGCUGCAUUGGUGUUACUUGGUUUGGGGUCCAUGGGGCUUGUGUGGGCAUCGGUGGAGGCCGGAAACAUAAGGUCAAUACUUUUACUGGUUUCGGCCGUCACUUGUGGAUACAUAUAUCAGUGUCCGCCUUUCCGGUUGAGUUACCGGGGUUUGGGAGAACCGUUAUGCUUUGCUGCAUUCGGCCCUUUUGCAACCACCGCCUUUUACCUGAUGCAGGGCGGUAGCACAACGGUGGAGAGGCUACCGAUAACCGCCACGAUUCUAUCAGCUUCACUCCUUGUUGGCAUUACCACAACUCUUAUUCUUUUUUGUAGUCACUUUCAUCAGAUUCCAGACGAUAAAGCUGUCGGAAAAUUCUCUCCACUGGUGAGGAUUGGCACAGAAACAGGUUCAAAUGUGGUGAAAGUGGCAGUGAUUUCCCUCUAUUCCCUUGUAAUUCUUCUUGGCAUUUGCAGAGCUCUUCCAAUCACUUCCAUUUUUCUGUGUGCACUUACAGUACCCAUGGGCAAGCUCGUGGUCAGCUUCGUUGCUGAUAACCACCAGGAUAAAACGAAGAUAUUUAUGGCAAAAUAUUUCUGCGUUCGAUUGCAUGCAAUAUUCGGAGUUGCUUUGACUGCUGGGAUGGUAGCAGCCCGGAUUAUCACAAGUAAUAACGUACCACAACCGAUAGUUACCAUCUAAAUCUGGAUCCAGAACUCGUUCUAUGAGUUCGUACCUGAUGCAAGAGUGAUUGUAUACAACGGCAUUUAAUCUCAAUAAGUACCUGUUACUUGUGUUUCUGUAGCAUAUAAGAUGAAAGAACUUGAUAGAUUGUUCAAAAUAAACACGAGAACAUGGACC